AAAAUGAAAGAUGUUGACAAGCUGAGAGAAAAGCUGCGCAGUCAGGAUGACGAACUGAUUCAGCUUAGAUCAGACGUUCGAUCUCAUGCCCAGAAAGAAAAAGAAAUUAUGGUGCAGUCUGAAAGACAUGAAAAAAGUCUUAUUAUGGAGAUCAAUGAAGAGUGUAAAAAGACCACCAACGUGACAGGCGGCACACCUAGAAAGGUUCCUGUGACUUCCAGCAGUAAAUCUGAUCGGCCUCCAUCGGUUAAUGGUUCACCAACUAAGAGUCCAAAGCUUGGACGUAGUCCCAUGAAACCACAAGUGAGCCAGGCUAUGAGUAAUCUUAAAAGCACAAAUGAAGAAUUACGACUACACCUGCAGGAUAUGCGACGUGAAUUGGAGAAAGAAAAGAAGAAUAGUGCAAAAGUUAGAAAAGAGAAGGAGGCCGACUUGAAACGUCUCCGUGUGCAGCUUGACCGAGGCAAAAAUGGUGAAAUGGAGGCGCUGCGAGAUAGGCUUGUUAAAGAACAUCUUGAAGAGUUAAAUAAACUACAGAAAGCGGUUGGCAAAGAUGAUUCAACGCUACAUCGUGAAAUUAUGAGUAAAGACAACGAGUUAAAAGAAAUUGCACGUAAUAUGAACCACUGGAAAGAGGAAACAGCUCAGAAAAUGGCAAGAAAAUUUGAAGAAGAACUCAACAAAGAAGUCAAUAGGCGAAUGAAAGAGUCAUCUCGUAAAAUGGAAACUAUGUUCAAAUCUCAACUAUCUGAUCAACAGAGACAAAUAGAAAAACUUGAAAGAGAUUUGCGACGUGCUAGGGCUGAUCAAAGUUCAGCAAGUUUUAGCAGUUCAGCUUCACAAAACAGUGAGACAAGCACUAUCAGAUUAUUGCGUCACCUACAGGAAAGAGUUAAACAUCUCAGGGAAGAAAAUAUGGCUCUACGUCGUAGUGGUUAUAGUAUGAGUGGACAGAGUGAUAGUGGUACCAUGGAAGAUUUGACACCACUCGCUUCUUCUGGUAUGGAAAUGAGUGAAGAUGGUAGCACUACGUCUCAGUUGGAACAUAGAGUGAAGUCAUUGGAAAGACAACUAAGAGAAGCACAGGAGAAGUCAAGAAAAAAUAGUUCUCUGCUGAAUCAUAAAAUUACUGAAAUAACCAAACUACAAAGUGCUUUGACGCACCAAACAAAGGAAGUAAUGAAAUUGGAAAGGGCCUAUGCCAAAGUUCAAUCUGAACUAUCGUCGGCUUCUAUGCGGUAGCAACAUUUCAAGACAUGAUACCGAGGCAGUAUUACUCGUCAUUUUAACCUGACUUUACCCAUGUGGACAGUCAAAUGGUUUAACUGUUACUUCAUGCCUCAUGGGAACAUUCCAAGUUAACUAAAAAAUAGGGGUGGCAAGCCUCUACCCAUCAAGUACUUCUUAUAUUUUUUCAUUUAUUUUCACAUUCUUUUUAUCAUCAGUUCAUCUGAAUUUUAAAAUUAGCAACAUUGCAUGUUUACAUUUGUAUCAAAUCCACUAUGUUUUUUCUACCAGAGCAUUUUUUUUUUACUUUAACAGAAAACCUUUGUGCAUGUUGUGUUCGGAUGUUGUGACAUUGUCUCAUUACAGAUAACCUUUAACCAUUUCCACCCUAACACUUCUCCACCUAUUUUUUUUUUACUGUUUUUUUUAGCUUUGGGGUUAAUUUUGGACCAAAUAGACAGAAUUUUCAUCACUGAUAAGUUUUGAAAUUGCUUUUGUAAAGAUUACUGAAAUCGCAUAAUUACUGUAUUAAUAGCGCAUGCUGAAUAGAUGGGCAUAUAAACCAAAAAUCUGGUUUGUUGUAUACUGAGUCAUUGAAAUAUUACUAUUUCAGCCAUAAAAAUACCAAUUACAUAAGAGCCUACAUUACUAAUAGAGCUAUUACAGUAGUUUGUGGAAUAUGUAAUUUAUAGCGGAGGUGAAAGGGUACAGCAAGUAAAAUCUUUUUAUUUUCCAAAAAUGCAAGUUACUAACAAAAUUCAAUGAUCAACUAAUCAAGUUCUGUUAAUUGUUAAUGCUGUUAAUUCAGCAAAUCCUUUGACCAAGUCUGUUCAGACUAGCUUGCUUCCUUUCUUUCUGUAUCACACCUCUCAGGGGACACUUUUUUUUUUGUAGAGAUUUAAAAAAACACAUGAAAUAUUUGUUAUUAUAUUACUCUUCUUUAUUUUUGGUGUUAAGUGUCAAAUGAAUUUCUCCCUCUGGUGGUUGAAUAUGUGAUUACUUUGUUUUUAUUUAAUAUUCCCCAUUGAAUUGUCACAAAAUGAGGAAUUAUAGUUUUGAAAUCUGGUGUAUUAUCCAAUUGCAAACAAUUACUAUGCAAGAGUAUGACUAGCAGUUGAUAGUGGUAUGUGGAGUGCCUUGCAAUUUCAUAAGUGAAUGCACAAUGGUAUGCAAAUUUACUCAUUUCUAGCAAUAUCUGUAUUUUGCAUGUUAGUAACAAAGUCUUGUUGAGCAAGCUUUGAUUUGUGAAUAAAUAAAAAAAAAAUAACAAGAAUUGCAGCGAUAUAUAUUGUAUUAUAUAACUUUUUUUUUUAGAUUGUCACCCACCAUAUUUUAGAAUAUUUACACCCUACCACCCCUAUACAAGGGUAUGGUUUAUCCAAGCGUUUGAAUUCUAGUAUUAAGUAGAUAUGGUGUUUCUGUAUAAACUGUAAGAAAUAAUAAUUGUAAAUGGAUUAUUUGAUGAGAAUUUGUUGUGAAUAGAUGUAAGAUAUCUGGCCUUUAAAACUAAGAAUAAAAAGGUUACCAAGAUUUUAGUGAGCCUGAGGUUUGUCAUUUCUUUCCUUCAAUUAAUAGAACACGUAAUUGUAUGUUGUAACAUUUUGUUGUUCAAAAUAUCAACUUGAUUGUCUUUUCACUAAGCUUAGGUCAUUUUAAGUUGAAUAACAUUCUUGACAGAUAUUACAUUUCUCCAUACUUUUUAAGUGUGAAUCCUGAAACUUGUGUAAAACAUAAAGUCUAGAUCCUGAGAUGCACAUGAUGAAAAUGUCCUGGUAUGCACAAAUUAAUGGCUAUGUUUUAUAACCUUGCAUAUCAUCUUACUGUACAGUGUCUUUAUGUAAACUCAAGAAAAAUCAAAAUUUGUACAUGUAAUUUUUUUUCUUGACAUUGUUUUUUUGUUUAGCCCUGGUGUAAGGAAACCUGUGUUAUAUAUUCGUAUAUAUGCAUAUCAAGACAGGAUCUGGUGAAAUUCUAAAGACAUUUUUAAGUAUAUAUUUAAAAUAAAUUGUAUGAUUUGUUUGCCUAUUUGAAAUCUGCUGUUGUAAUUAUAAAUAUGAAAAUGCUGUAUAUUUUUUAAUUCUUGAGAAUUGUCCCAAUCAAAUUAUAGUACCAAAUGUGUUUUUCUAAUGAACUUGAAUUUUCCAAAGACUGUAAUGAUAAUGUAACCUAGGUAACCAAAGUCUUUCAGGAAAAGACAAUGUACUUCCUAGGAGUGGAUUGACAAAUUAUGAUUGAAAUAAAAACAGAAUCAGAUGUUUGAUUUACGAA